UUCUCUCCUGCCUGUCUCUCUGUCGGGGCCUGAGCCCGGUGGGAUAGGACGGGUCCCUGGUGGAAGGAGUAGUAAGCGGCCUACGCAGUUUCAAGCUGGGCCCCAGCUUUUAUUAGUUCUUCGGCGCUCGGCGGAGAACGGUGCGUGCCGGAGUGGUAGUCAGCUAGAGAGUGCGUUCAGAUCCGGGGAAUCAGUUAACGUAGCAGUGCGAAUGAAUCGUCAAAGUGACAGUUGGGGUCAGCAGAGAGUCGAGAGUUAAUCUGCUUCGUGAAAUCGGCGGAUCCUCUUCCGAUAGCAGGGAAACGGUGUGUGUGCGUUAGGCCGAUAGUGACUUCGAGGGGAAGUGACUCGAGACAAAUUAUUUUGGGAAUUUUUGGCGCGAGGAAGAAUAUCGAAAGCACUGAUCUAAUGGAUGAUCGAUGAUAAUCGUUCUGGUGACGUCGCAUCGGAUCAGAAUCGGGUGCAAGGUGUUCGUCUCACCGGUCCCACGGGACGAGACACCCGGUUGCCCCGGUGGCAGUGACAGUUGCUGUACGUGAGAGUGUUUUGUUCGGUUUAACCACGAGCCGAGUUUCUCCUCCGUCUUCUUACAGCUCUGGUACAAACGGAGGAUAUCCUUAAACAGAGUAUAGCAGACGCAUUACCGAUCGGAAUGCUACUGUGCCAGUGAAGGUAAAUUGAAUUCUGAAGUUUGACCGAUACUUUAUGAGGCUUACACAUUCGACUUUUGCUAAUACGCGUCAAUCUCGUUGACUGAUGUUCCGUCGUCGAUUGACUCGUUGACAACGCGAAACCGUGGGAACAUCUUGUAACACGCUUCGAGGAGAUUCGCUUUUAAGGUUUCCUCUUUGAGGGAAGAAGAUCAUCGAGAUCGAAACGUCUGUUACGGCGCAAUAACAAGAAUCGAUCAAGGCUACCAGUGCUGUUUCAGACGGAGUGUAGUGCAGCGUAACGUCGAUAGAUUAGUGUUACAUAAAAGCUGCGAGUUGUAUCGUGUGUUUGCACUUAGUGCUCAAGAAAAUUUCAGUUUUACACGUUCGUUAGUUAAUCAAUUGUGCGGAGUUGAACACGUGAAAUCUGCUCGUAGGAAGCAGAUUAUCGUCCCUCAAAGAGUGAACAGAAAGAUAAGCUCCUCGUCGGUGAUCGGGUCUAGCGGUGUGAUCGAAAACAGGGAAGGAGAGGGGAGAUUAGCAGGGCAGGGGUACAAUUAGCGGGCGGGGGUAGCAAGGUAAAAGAGAAAAAGCAACGAAAAAGGGGAAAAAGCGGUGGUUCCGGCUACGAAGUGUGUUAUGAUCGGAAGCGAAACAUGCUCGAAGUUCAGCGCUCGGAUUUUUUAAGAGAGGGAGAAGCCUGCAACCCUCCUACCGACGAUUUACUACACCCCAAUUCGACCGGGGCUUCCGUUUCCGGGUGGAAGCCCGCCGAGAGAUGCGUCUCCUUCAAUCGAGACGUCCACAUCAAGAGGAUCGAACGCGAACCACCCCGCGUGACUGCGGCUCUGGUAGGAGAUGGAGAAGGCAGGUUGAUCGCCACCCCUGUCCACAAAGAAAGUAUAGCAUCUAGGAGCAAGGAAGACCUAGCACAGGAGGCGGCCCUGGUGCUUCAACAAGCGGGCAGCCUUCACUGCAUCGCCCACGACAACAGACGAUUGCCAGGUCGAUUUAGCACGUUGCCGGCUCGCCGUAACAAGAAAAGGCCCGAACUGCCACUCGAUGUAAGACGCAGGAGCGAGGAAAUCGGUGCCACGACGAGCGCGGACUUCGUCGAGACACCAAACUUAAAAAAGAAGAAGUCACUGGAGCGGAGUGCGAGCGAUGCGAACACGAAAAAACUGAAAGGUUCGUUGGCGAGGUUCUUCUCACCAAAACUAGAGAGAAAGAGAAAGCCGGUCGGUCGUAGCGUGAGCGACGCGGGUAGCUCGGCGCGAUCGCAUCGCAAGAGGAGCGGCAGCGAGAGCGAAGGAUCGCAUCUUGGCAGUAGUCGUGCUAAAAAACCACUGUCCCCUAUCAUCGAGGCGUCGCCACACGUCGAUCAACAGCCGUUCUACUUUGGCGAGAAGAACAGCAGACCGGAGACGAAGAAGUCGAAGCAGGAGGAAACCGAUGUCGAAAAGGUGAUAGAACGGACAGAGACGAGAGGGAAGUACGAAGAGACGGAAGUGAACGUUGGCAAGGGAUCGAUAUCGGCCAGGAAGGAGAACAAGGGAAUCGUGAGACGCAUACCUAUCGAGCUAGAGGACGAUAACAAGAUCAGAGGCGGGGAAGAGGAACAAAGGAAAGAGGAGAAGGUAGGCCGGCAUACCCCUUCACCGGCAAAGGACACCGGGCUCGACGAAGUAGACAAGGUCGGUACGAGUAGCAUGCUGCACAGCAGCCGAUACGAUCUCCAGCAACGCGGCGAAGAGUCAACGAUACACAAGAUGAUUCACCGAUUAUCCACCGAUCGCUCGCCCCCACCGCAACUGACCAGAACGAUGGUCUCGCCCGGGCCCGGAUUCGGCCAUAACAACAAUCGACCGUUCUCGUACACCAGACCCAACGAGUCCUCUUGCAGUCCACCGCCCCCGCAGACUAAUGUGAUUUACGCUCAGGUGCAGACCGAUAAGAAGAAGGCGCAGAGAAGUCAUUCGGACAGCGACGAGGGACUAGGUCUCGAGAGAAAGGAUUCGUCGCGCGAGAACAGCCCCGCGGAGAAGGAGUAUCGCAGGACCGAUUACUCCUACAGCAGUGAUCUGAGGCGCAACAACGAAAUCAACACGUUCAAAUCCAGGUACGAGGAAGAAAGAAAAAAUGCGUCUGCUCGAUUUACCGGUCAUUACGCUGGAACGCAGGACUACGCGGCCAGGAAUGCGGACGCGAAACGGCGUCACGAGUUCGACGAAAUCGAUCGACGUCUUUACGACAAACCGGAAAAGUACACGUCGACGGUGUUCGUCGAUGCUUCUGGUAGAGGCAGAGCAGACGGCACAGACGCCAGACAACGAGAUAACAACGAAUUCUCGACCAGACAAACACAGUCCGGGAUAUCGAACAAGACGUCCGAACUGAGCGCCAGGCGCGACCUCCUCGAGUCCAGGAUCAAGUCGAGGCUACUUGCCGACGAGAUGUUCGCGGCGAAGAACAGCGCGAACGUGCCGAUUAAGAAGUCCUCUGAACACGAGAUCAUCGAUAAGCCAAUCGUUCCGUCUCCGGUUACGCCGAAUCGCGUCGCUUCGCCGAAACGUUACACGGACACUUACAUUACGGAGACACGCACGAACAGCAACGGAGAGAAAUACAUCUUCGAAAAGGAAAUACACGAGGACAACGGCAAGGUGUAUGGCUACGAGAAAAAGAUCACGAACAAAAUCCCGUCGGAUGGUUACAUUGACACGAAGCCGAGAGACGGUUACAAGGUGGAGACCAGAACGGACAAGUACGGGGACAAGUACAUCGUAGAGACGCGAACGCACCAAGGAUACGCGGACGAUUUUAAACCGUUUCUUAGCGACAGGAGCAGGACCAGCCCCGAAGAACGAUACUCAGCUACUAGAAGUUCAACGAGUCCCUAUAAAUCGACCACCCUUCAUACAGAUGGGAACGCAGUCGUUCAUCGUUUCCGCGACGAAUCUAGGAACAACGACAUCCUCUCGUCACCGAUAAUAGCAAAAAAGUUAAGCACCGAGAGGAAAUUUUCGAAGAGCGACGAUUUUCUGGAUCGCGAGAUCCGACCUAGAGACCCUUAUCUGCCGAAAAAGAAAAAUUUCGAAUCGAUACGCGGAAUGAGCAAGUCAACGCAGCGUCUGGAUGAGGUCGGUGAAAAUGCGCGCGUGAGAGCGCUGAGGAGCGAGUACACGACUAGGUCUCACGAGAAUCUGACCAGUCACGCGGACUACGUGAACGCGAGGGACGUACAUCGAUCUCAUCUCACCAGUCCUGCGAUGAACGGCCGAAAAGAGAGAUCGCCACCGUUCGCGAAACGGCACUUAGACAGUUUGCGGGAAGGUCCAAACGACGAUUAUGACACCGACAUAUCGCAAUUGACCAGUAGCCAAUUGGAGUCCAAAUAUUACAAGGAGACGCGCACAACGCAACGAUACACCAGCAGCAAGCACCCGAUACACGAUGAUUACGACAGCUCUCCACCCAGGAUACGCACCGAUCGUGGCGGUUACAAUUCAAGUCGUUACGACUCUGACACCACAGCCAGAGACUCGAUUCGUUGCGAAACUCGGUACGACGAGAGUUUGCGUACACUCCGAAAAGAACAUCGAAAGCAGGACGAAGACCCGAAGAAACCUCUGCGACGAUCACGCAAUCGAUUGGACUAUUUCGAUGACUCCGACGCGAGAGACAGCACUAGAGCGAAGACAACCGUUAACAGAUUGGAGCCCUUUGACGAAAGCCCACCCAGACCACCCAGGGCCUACCAUGAAGGUGGCAAAUCGAGACACACCAGGCAAGAAACGAGGACGCACAUCGAGCGUCGGCAUCGCGAAACUCGAUUAAGCGAUUCCGAUCGUAAGGAUCGUCUGGCAGAUUCUGGGAUCGAGAACGAUUAUAGGCGCGACUCGCAAGAGGUCGAUCGAAGAGAACAAAUGGAGUCCGAGGACGAGGGCUUCGUCACUAGGCAAUUCAUCAAAAACGAACGAAAACACACUGAUAGAAACAUGAAUCUUACUCCGUCCGAGCAGCGGAAGUACGAAAAAUAUUCGAACGACAUGUCCAAAUCACCACUGGUGACCGCGAAACCGCCUUCCGGGGCUGAUAAAAAGUACGAGAAGAAGGCGGCGAAGAAAAGUGGUACCAUGAGCAAGGUGAAACAGCUGUUCAGCAAGAAAGAGAAGAAAGCGAAGGAAGAGAAGAACAAGAAGAACGCGAGGAACAGCAGUAGCGGCGCCCUCACGGAUGAUGAGGUGACGAUGAGGUACAGGGAGUACCGCGGCGAUCAGCUGAGAAGCGCGAAAAGCGCACGAGAUUUGGGCAGCGACAUCAAUCAGGAAGAAUACAGCCAACGUAGACGCUUAUCCACUCCCAGCGGCAGUCCCAGUCCGCCUAGAUCGACGAGGCUGUCAAGAUCUACGGGUACACUCACAAGAGAAGAAGAAUCCUUUCGCGAAUCGAGCAACACCCUCACCCGAGAGAAUCAAGGGCAGGAAGCUGAACGGAAGGGAUGGUUCAAAUCUUUGUCCAGGAAAAACAAACCGAGCAUUAAAACGGUGGAUAAGAAACCCAGGAUACCGGAAAGCGAGAUCUUAACGACCGGCACCGAAGACGAGGAAGCUUCGUCCGCACCCGAACGAGUCUCCGUGCAGAAGAAUCUACGUUUCUUCGGCGAUACGGAUCAAGAAUCCGUUUCUUCCAACAGAGAUCGUAGAAAUAAACGAGCUGACGACCAUGCCUGUUCAGGGCGUGAUGUUACGAGUUCAAGCCGACAUAAUUUAGGCAUUCUAUCGCCACCAAGGAAACCACCAAGGCUCGCUGAAAGCGCAUUAUCUUCCGGGGAGAGCACAACAGGAGACAGCAGUCAACAAAGUCAAAAUUCCCAAAGAUCACAGAGAUCUGUUGUAUAUCUUCAUGCUGCUACAGUUGGUGAAAUACCUGGCCCUAAUGAACGACGCAAAACAGCGAGCAGGGAGGAACUAAAUCGACCCUUGCAAUCUCAUACGAGAACAGUAUCGAGAAGCGUAAGCGUUCUCGCACCAUGGAAACCCAGACAUUAUAGAGAACCUUACGAAAUAAAUUACGAUCAACAAUUACAUACGAAACCGAUGGCGACUAUGAGGCGCAGGCAGAGAAGUCGCGAAACGCUAAGUCGUCGAGGAAAAGAUCCACGAAGAAGCAAAGACAAUCUCUCGAAAACAGGCACGAUCAAUCGCAGCACGCUGAAAUCGAAGGACAAGCAAAAAGUGGACAGAACCGUUUCCACGGAAUCGUUGGCUACUAAAUCAAGGAGUGUCAACUCGAAACCAGAACUAAGCAGGUCCACGUCGGUUCCACGCGAUCCGAACAAGAGUGCGGGAUGGUUCAAGCUGAAAAGCAAGAAAUCUCGGGCUUGAAGAGGAGGCCAUUGAUCAAUGCUAGUCUUCAGUUUCAUAUUAAGUAGUUUGUAAUCAUAAAGGAUUAACGAUACAUACGCGCCGAGUACACCGCCAUGAUCGCGGUGAAUAAUUCUAAAUCAGCUAUUUUAUUACCGUUUUUUCUUUGUUUUUGUUUCUUCUAAUGUACAAUGAAAUUCGUGCAACGCGAAAGAAUUAAUGAAUUAAUUAAAGAAAUCUUAAUUAACCAAGUACAAAAGCUUGAAAACGUUUAUGCAUACUAAUCGUAACCGAAAGAGUAAUGUAAAAUUUAAAUCACGCCUAUGAGUUUCUGAACCAGAUUAUGUUGUAAUCUGUUAUAUUAUUAAACAUUAUCUUGAUUGUAUUUUUUCCUUCAAUUAACACUAUCCUUUUUUUGUUAUGUGACGGUAACAAACAAGUUUAAAUUACCAAGAGAAAAAGAAUCAAUUCAAAGAAAAAUACACGAGUGGUACAUAGAAACACAUUAAUAUGUUACCUUUUAUAUAACAGUGCCUUCUCUCUACCAAAUUUAACAAAUUAAAUUUGUUGCGUGAGAUGAGAAUGCAUUCAAAGAUGUUGUACAUAAUAUUCGUCUCAUAACACACCUGUUACUCAUUGUUCAUGGAAUUAAUAACAGCAUCGAAUUAUGGUGAAAUUAUUCUAAAAAUUAUGAAUGUGAAGUGUAUGGUUUAUAAAAAAAAAUUAUUCAGUUCAAUUCACCGUGAAUCAGAGUGCCAUUUCCAUUUUCCUAAGUAUGUACACAUUGUUCCAAGUGAAAUCAAAAUUUCUUAACUUUCUGCGUAAAAUAUUCUAAUCUAUUUAAUGUAACAGGUAAUACGUGUUAAGAUAAGCGAUAGUAUAAUAGUGUGAACAGAGAAAUAGUUGUGUCACAACGAUUGCAACAAGUCGUACAAGAGGAUUAACCAACAGUUAAUGUAUAAUUAUGAAAUGUUUAUUGUGCAUAGAUCAAUUCGAUCUUACUUACAUACACUAAUUGUAAAUAUUUGUAAUAAUAAUCUUUGUUUCUAACUAC